AUGGAAGGGGACUCAAUUCGUCGUAAGGGUGGAGUUCUAUUCGACCAAUAUGUUGCUUUGACGCCACCCCCCGCUAAGAAGGUCGACUCACGCGAGCCAAUCCACAAGCCCAACAGCGCCAUCAACACAGCAUCGGGACGCUGGGUUCAAUGCCUGUUCGUGCACAACAAGCGAGAAAUUUGGUCGCUGGCCGUAUACGUGCUGUUAAACGCGACGGCGUUUUGGUGGAAAUGCUCGUUGUUUCCGUGGGACCGUGUCGUCGGCUACGGCAUGUGUAUGGCCAAAGGCAGUGCCCAAGUGGUCGUGGUGAAUUGCUGUUUGGCCCUGUUGCUCUUGAGCCGGUCGAUCCUGCAUUUCGUCAAGGCACAGCCAUUCUUGUGGCGUGUGUUCCCCCUCGAGCACCACAUGAAGCUCCAUAAACUAUGUGGCUACGCCGUGUUUGUGUCUGCCUUGACACAUUCGGCUGCCCACGUCGUGAACCUUGCCUACACGUACACAGUGACCAACCAACUCGACUUGGACUCGUCGUUUUACGUCCGCCACGUUCCCCAGUUACGCCCCCACUUGCCCCCCCUCCUUGAAGUCGCAGCGGACCUUCCUAUGUGGACUGGGGGGGUUUUACUUGUGCUGUUGUUAGUGGCACUGCCCCCUUCGUUCUUUUUGUCGUGUCGUCGCCGCUACCACAAUGCGUUCUGGUGUACCCACAUGCUCUUGUUACCGUUUUUGCUUGUCACGUGCAUGCACGGGGCCACGGGAUGGUUUCAACCCCCCCAGGCGUUCCUGUGGAUCGCUCCGCCGCUGGUGCUGUACAUUUUGGAGCGUCGGAGGCGGUACUUCAAGCGGUGGACCACACCCAUGACCAUUCACCACGUGCGGCUGUUUCCCGAUGCCGUCGCGUUGGAUCUCGUCAAGCCUCCCGAGUUCGUGUUUGUACCAGGGAUGUUUGUGUACCUCAACGUGCCGAUGCUCGGUCGACAUGAAUGGCACCCAUUCUCCAUUUCGUCCGCCCCCAGCGACCCCCACUUGAGUUUCCGCAUCCAAGCGGCGGGGGAUUGGACGUCUGCCCUACUAAAACACCUGACAACGUAUGCCCUUCACGACGACGACGACGAAACAUGGCCCCAGGUUCAUCUGGACGGACCGGUGGGGGGGCCGACCGUGGAAUACCGCCGCUUUCGUGUCGUGGUGUUGAUCGGAGGGGGAUCCGGGGCGGCGCCGUUCAUGUCCGUGCUGCGCGACUUCUUUUCGACCAGCCCUAGCCCCAUCACUAGACGACCAUCCGUGCGUUGUGACACGCAGAAAAUGUACUUUCACUGGGUCACGAGACAUGAAAGUGCCCUGGAAUGGUUUGACGAGACUUUGCGCGACCUGGAUGCGCAUGGCGACUCACAUUUGGACACGCGGCUGUACGUAACCCAACCAAACAACAGUUUGGAGCAAGCCGCCCACCUCCAUCAGUUUCGCAACGAGCGGCCCCAGUGGUCACAUAUCUUGGACGAGCUCGAGCAAAAGCACCCGGGGGUCACCGUGGGGAUAUUUUAUUGUGGCCCACAGGCGCUCCAAAAGGAACUGCAGCACCUAUGUCACUCCCGUUCCUCCAACCCAUGCAACUCUACUAAAUUUCAAUUCUACGCCGAAUCGUACUACUAGAGUUAGAAUUCUUAACAUUGUAAUUCUGUUAACAACGACUUGGUUCGCUGGAUGGCCCAUUCGUAGUUGCCCCAGAACCCCCACCCGGCCAUGAAUCGAACAUAGUCUAGCAAACACCAGUCGAAAUGUCCUUGGAACUGGUCAAUGGUGUAGCCGCGGCUAUCGUGGCCUGCCAACAUCAUCGCAGAUUCAAACUCGCCAAAGUACCAUAGCAACAGGUCGUCUGCCUUGUUGGCCACUUCCGACCGAUUGCUGCUGGAACAGAGCAAGUACGCCACGUCCUUUGCUCCCAGACCUCGACCGACGUACUGAAAAUCCACCCAUGCACAAGUCGUUUCGUCGCGCCACAGCAUGUUCGCAGACUUGGCAUCUCCAUGCAAAAGGGUUUCGUAUCGGGGAUCCCGCGUUUUCUGAUCAAUCCAAGCCGCAUGGGCGCGGAGCUUAACGGACAAAUCGUCACCGCCAAGAGCUUCGUACUCGUCUUGUCGUGUGGCCAGAUACCAGUAGCCACCGUCGUCGGCCACUCCGCCAUCGUCGCAGUUCCAGAACGUUGCGUGGAAUUGAGCUAGCCAUGUGAGCGCGGCUCGGAGUGUCGGCCCGCCAAGCGAGUGGAACAUUUUUGGAAACUCCACUGACAGAUCUUCCAGGACAAAGCAAAACGAGUUGUCCGCAGACACGAUCGAAUAUGGGCGAGGCAGUCGAGGAAUCGCAGCAACAUCACCUGUGAGAUUGGCGUAAAAGUACCCUUCGACCUCGUAAGAUCGAACCUUACGGACGUUUGAGAUGGACGAACUGUCGUGAGGUGGUGUGAUGUGUUUGACAAUCGCGGAGACCCCCGAGCUCAACCUCACGCGGUAGAUACUGCCAUAGCCUGCCCAAAGCGAACACACUUCGGACUGAUUGACCACCAAAGUGCCUGGAAACGCAGCCGAGACGGUGGCCGCGACGAGGUCGCCGGUGGGAUGGCCGCCGACUUUCUUGCGGGCC